AUGCAUGGCGGGGAGGCCUCGAGGCACUGGCUCCACAGCUCCAUUGCAGUGGAGGACUUCAUAAAGCUGCUGUGCUCUGUCUCUGACAAGAGGCAGAUGAAGGAGGCCAAAAAAUACACCUGGAGUGUCAUCCUGGUCAUUCUGGCCUGCACCUUCCUGGGUGGUAUGCUGGGCAGUCCACCAGGAAUACUCCUGAGAGGGAUCAUCGGGAGUCAGCUGAUAAAAGGAAGAGAGAGAAAGAAGCUCUUUAACAAAGCCACUGCCAUCCUCAGAAACCUGUACUGGACGGAUGUCAAGCAGCUGACCAUGCUGGUCGUGCUCAGUGAGGCCCUGCAGAAGCAGCUGGUGGAUAUGCUGAACAAUUAUUUCAGCAAGGAGCUGGGCUUGGAAGUGAAGCAGGACAAGUAG